AUUCCAAACACCAACUCAAGCGAGGAAUUAUGCGCAGAGUACCUCACUCAACCAUGCAACAAGUCAUUGGACGAUGGAAAAUAUCACGCAUACUUCACGGCAAUCAACAAUCUCAAUUACAAUAUUGCCGAGAAACGUAACGGAGUAUGGUUUAGCAUUUUCCUAGCCGACACCGCGUAUGACGUACAGCAAGACAUUGGAAUGCAAGUGAGAGCGUAUGACUCAGAAUUCGAUCCUCGAACGUUGGAUCCAAAAACAAUAGAUAGGGUCAAACAUGAAGACCCUCACUUCUUUGACGACCUCGACAACCGAAACACUCAUAUAAUCGGUUACAAACAAAACAAUUGGAUGUUUAUGUCGAGGAAAAUAAAAAAGAAGAUGAAAUCUUCAUUUGCAAAUUGGUUGGGCAUUCCGCCCAUAUAUCGCAAGCAACCAUUUAUUCGUACGCUGUAUGAAGCGGUUGCUGAUCCGAUCAGCACAUUUAGUGCCAGCACGCUCCAACCAAACUCUCCAUUAUAUGGGCAUUUAUUUGUUGGCACGUUCGAUUGGUUCACGGAAGAGAUCGUGGAGAGCAGAACGCGAACUAUUCUCGAUUCUCUUGGUUUGAUGUCCGGAUUCUACGCCCUGGUGUUUGGAAUCUACGUUUGUUUAUUUG